UCCGCACGGAAAGUCGGCGCCGGAGCGGCGGACUGGGCAUGCUCAGAAGCCGGGGCUGGCUCCGGGCUCGAGUGGGAAGCGUCGGCACUCGGGAGGCGGGAGGCGGGAGGCGGCGGCGACUUUGGGGAAAGUUGCCCGGAGAGGGGAGGCGGCCCCGGCGCGCGGCGGCGGCGGCGGAGCAUGGGCACCCUGCGGGAUCUGCAGUACGCGCUCCAGGAGAAGAUCGAGGAGCUGAGGCAGCGCGAUGCCCUCAUCGACGAGCUGGAGCUGGAGUUGGACCAGAAGGACGAACUGAUCCAGAAGCUGCAGAACGAGCUGGACAAGUACCGCUCGGUGAUCCGGCCGGCCACCCAGCAGGCGCAGAAGCAGAGCGCCGGCGCCCUGCACGGCGAGCCGCGCACCAAGCGCCAGGCGAUCUCCGCCGAGCCCACCGCCUUCGACCUGCAGGACCUCAGCCACGUGACCCUGCCCUUCUACCCCAAGAGCCCACAGUCCAAGGAUCUCAUAAAGGAAGCUAUCCUUGACAAUGACUUCAUGAAGAACCUGGAGCUGUCGCAGAUCCAGGAGAUUGUGGAUUGUAUGUACCCGGUGGAGUACGGCAAAGACAGUUGCAUCAUCAAAGAAGGCGAUGUGGGGUCACUGGUGUACGUCAUGGAAGAUGGUAAGGUUGAAGUCACGAAAGAAGGUGUGAAGCUGUGUACCAUGGGGCCAGGAAAAGUGUUCGGGGAGUUGGCGAUUCUUUACAACUGUACCCGGACGGCGACCGUCAAGACUCUUGUAAAUGUGAAACUCUGGGCCAUCGAUCGACAAUGUUUCCAAACCAUCAUGAUGAGGACAGGACUCAUCAAGCAUACCGAGUAUAUGGAAUUUUUAAAAAGUGUCCCCACGUUCCAGAGCCUUCCUGAAGAGAUCCUGAGUAAGCUUGCUGAUGUCCUUGAAGAGACCCACUAUGAGAAUGGGGAAUAUAUCAUCAGGCAAGGUGCAAGAGGGGACACCUUCUUUAUCAUCAGCAAAGGAACGGUGAAUGUCACUCGGGAAGACUCACCCAAUGAAGACCCGGUCUUUCUUAGAACUUUAGGGAAAGGAGACUGGUUUGGAGAGAAAGCCUUGCAGGGGGAGGAUGUGAGGACAGCAAACGUAAUUGCCGCAGAAGCUGUGACCUGCCUUGUCAUCGACAGAGACUCUUUCAAGCAUUUGAUUGGAGGACUGGAUGAUGUUUCCAAUAAAGCAUAUGAAGAUGCAGAAGCUAAAGCAAAAUAUGAAGCCGAAGCUGCUUUCUUCGCCAACCUGAAGCUGUCUGACUUCAACAUCAUCGACACUCUCGGCGUCGGAGGCUUCGGGCGCGUGGAGCUGGUCCAGUUGAAAAGUGAAGAAUCCAAAACCUUUGCUAUGAAGAUUCUCAAGAAACGCCACAUCGUGGACACAAGACAGCAGGAGCACAUCCGCUCCGAGAAGCAGAUCAUGCAGGGAGCGCAUUCCGACUUCAUAGUGAGAUUGUACAGAACGUUUAAGGACAGCAAAUAUUUGUACAUGUUGAUGGAAGUGUGCCUAGGUGGAGAGCUCUGGACCAUUCUCAGGGAUCGAGGUUCAUUUGAAGAUUCUACGACCAGAUUCUACACAGCAUGCGUGGUGGAGGCGUUUGCCUAUCUGCAUUCCAAAGGAAUCAUUUACAGGGACCUCAAGCCAGAGAAUCUCAUCCUGGAUCACAGAGGCUACACCAAGCUGGUUGAUUUUGGCUUUGCAAAGAAAAUAGGAUUUGGAAAGAAAACAUGGACUUUUUGUGGGACUCCAGAGUACGUAGCUCCAGAGAUCAUCCUGAACAAAGGCCAUGACAUUUCAGCCGACUACUGGUCACUGGGAAUCCUAAUGUAUGAACUUCUGACUGGCAGCCCACCUUUCUCAGGCCCAGAUCCUAUGAAAACCUAUAACAUCAUACUGAGGGGGAUUGACAUGAUAGAAUUUCCAAAGAAGAUUGCCAAAAAUGCUGCUAACUUAAUUAAAAAACUCUGCAGGGAUAACCCAUCAGAAAGAUUAGGGAAUUUGAAAAACGGCGUGAAAGACAUUCAGAAGCACAAAUGGUUUGAGGGCUUUAAUUGGGAAGGCUUAAGAAAAGGCACCUUGACACCUCCUAUAAUACCAAGUGUUGCAUCACCCACAGACACAAGCAAUUUCGACAGUUUCCCUGAGGACAAUGACGAACCGCCACCUGAUGACAACUCAGGAUGGGACAUAGACUUCUAAUGUAUUUCUCUUACCUGCUUCUGCCUUGCUGAAGUCAGCUUUUUUCUGAGACACAGCUGCCAGCAAACCUGAGGGACGGAGAGAAGAUAAGUGCUCGGGGUCACCAUGAUGCCUUUGAUCGAUGCUGCUCCGGUAACUACAGUGGCAUUAGGACUUAUUGCUUAGAUGACAAUAGUGCUCUUUACAUGUUUUCUGUUUGAUCCUAAAAAAAAAAAAAAAUAGCAGUUGACAUGGUGGUCCUGAAGCAAAGCCUUUCACACCAGUAAAGAGAGGUUUUCUGUGGUUGCAAUGAUCUUGCUUUGCUCUGACUAUAAUUUGAAAGACUGUAAGAAACACUUCAACCUAGUAAAAGAGUCUGUACCUUGCUAGAAUUAUCGAAAAGAUCAAAAAAUAAUAUAUUGGGUAUGAUAGAUUGCUGUGGUACCAAAACUGGGCUCUUCCUUUCCUUCAAGUGAGGUUGUAGGAUAUAUAUUAGCGCAAGCCGGUGUAUAUACCGUUUAGAAGAGGGCCACACAUCUACUGGUCACAGAGUUCAUGUCAAACCAGUGCUAGAAGUUUCAUGAUUUAAUUUCCCAGCAGUGCUGAUGACAAGACUGAAUGUUACCUUUCCUUUCUGACAGAUUUUAAAAAUUGAUACGAUAAAAGCACAACUGCUAUGGAUUCUGCUGAGAACUUUCAUAGCAGGUAUAUACGCAUUUUCACAGAGGAUUGAAAAACAAACAAAAAACAACAACAUGCAUGAUCUUUGUUUCUUUUUUGAUAAAUUGGCAUGACAGAGUGAAAAAAAAGCAACUCACAAACCAUUUCAUAUCUUUUCAAAUAUUGUGCUUCAAGACGGUCCUGGAAAUAAAUGACUAGCAGCCAACCGAUUUUUAUUUAUUAUGUAACAUGCCCUCAGACUGAGGCUUAAAAUAGUCCCUUUUAUAAGAAUAAACCCUUGGGGUGGGGGCAGGGUGGGGUGGAGCGGGACUAAGAUCGAUCCAAAAAUAAAAAUAAAAAUAAACUAUAUAGGUGCUAUGUAUAUCUUUCAUCUGUAAAUGUCCGUGUCUGAGCAGACAACACAAAUUCUAAUCAUCACCUGUGUAGCCAGAGACUCAAGCAUUCUUCACUGCAUUUACCAACUGAACUCCCAUCAGAUUUCACUGACACAACGUAGCCUAGGGUCGAGGGGGAAAGGGAAUCAAAACCCAUUCCACUGGCUUCUUGUCUUAGGCCUGAACCAAAAGAAGAAGAAGAAAGCACAAAAUCGUUGAGACUCACCAGAUAAGGAACCUGGCUUACGUGAGGUCAGGGAGUGGGACCAGCCUGGCCAGGUGUUGUCUACCUUUUGACCAAUGAGCCAGUGUGAGUUCAUCGCACGUUAUGGGAAUAGGAAGGGAGUAGAGAAGAAAACAGGACCCUGAUCUCUUAAACAUAAAUUUUGGCUAAGUAGGACAGAAAUAUCACAAUCCUGAAAUGCAUCUGAAAAUACCGCACUGAUUUGCUUUUUUUCCAUGAAGGGGAAAGAAAGAGCAGUUUAAACUGAACCCUCUGCUGGUAGGUGAGUUAAGGCCAAUUAGCCGUCCUAAGCAGCAGACCGGUCGGAAGCUUUUCCUGGACAAGGAGUGUUUUUACCUGCGUAAACAAACGCAAAGUCUUAUGAGCUGUCAUCCUGAUUUGGAACCAUGAGUGCAUUUGGGAUACUAACUGAAGGUUGCUUUUAUCCGGUAUAAAAUUUAGUUUCUUUUUAAAGUCAAUGAAACGUAAACAUUUCUGCCCAAAAAAUAUGUCCACAAAGGUCAUUAUUACCAUAUCCCAGGAGGCAUAUCUUAUUAUUUCUGUUGGAAUUUUUCAUACUAAGGCUACUUUAGAAUAUGGUAUCAAAACAUAACAGUCUAAGAAACAUUUGGGGAAUAAAAAUACUACGGGAGGGCAUAUUAUGUCUCAUCAGAAUAAAGCGAUGUUAAACUUUUGAUCCCAAGAGGUUACUGCUAUUCUUACAGUAGAGUUUUCCCUCCUUUGCGAAUAAUUGCUUACAAUCCCUUUAUGCCCCCAAGAUAUCCACUUUCUUCUACAGAUUUCAGAAUGUAAAAAUUAAACGUAUCAACCUAAGAUCCGGCUCUGAAUGCUAUUUCAGCAUCUCUAUAUUGCUUUUAACUGGGCUUUGAAAAAGUAUAUAAUUUCAACACCAUGGUCAAUGUUCAGUGAUUUUUGUGGAAAGCUAGAGUGUGGAGGUUUGUUAGAAUACUAAGUUUACCUAAAUACCACCCCCCUGCCAAAGCCCCAGAGCUUAGCGCUCCCUGCGGAUGUUGGAACUCUGGUUCAAGUCUAAGACAACAAUGUACAAGUCCUCUGAGGAAUGAAGAAGUAGCAGCAGCUCGAUGGAACGGUCUACCAUUUCUCCUACUUGUUAGCACAUCGUUGUUGCAUUUCACCUGUGGCAUCGCAUACUAACCAAUAGAAGGCGAACUACAUCUUCCAAAAAGUUGCUAAGAGAAAAACAGUCCUCUAAUCUUCAGCAUUGAAAUUCAAGGGUUUAAAUCUUGUCUUAACGAAGACACUAGGGCUAAAAAUCAUGGUCAGCUUCGUAGAGCGCAUCUCACAUUAUUUCUGAAUUUUUCAUGCCCCUUCUCUUUUUCCUCACACUAAAGAACAUCUGGGUAAGUUAGGAUAGUGCCAACUUGUUCGAUUUGUUAACUGACUUUCUUGUUACUACUCUGAGUAUGGGAAAUAAGGGCUUUCCGUGUGUCUUGGCACACAGGAAAAACUGCAAACUGCCAAGGAAAGGAACAUCAUGAUAUUUGAGAUAAAUUGAACACAUUAGAGGAAACGAGUUCUGGAAAAUCGCUAUAAAUGAUUUUUACGUUUCUAUCUUCUUUGUUACUCACCUGCGAGUCAGAUCCAUGUGGCAUUUAAAACAAAUUUCUUUGAUGAUAUUCUUUACAAGUCACUUUUUUUUUUUACUUAAAAUUAUGGGAUAGGCAUGUGAAUCACACGUGUGAUAUAGAAAUUCAGCUAUUGAAUUUUUGUCGUUUUAUUUCUACAUGACUGAACUGAUGGUGAACUAAAUUUACAGAAGUCAGCUACCAUACUGAAAAUUAGGAUAGCAGAACUGAUUUCAUACGGUAGAGGUGAUCUGUGCAUUAUCCAUAACGACGUUUUCUUUCACAAUAGGACCACAGACAAAUAUUUAUGUAAAUAGAUAUUUUUGUGUGAUAUUUUGUGGUACAUAUAACUUUUUUUUAGUGUUUCACAGCAUUAUUAUUUCAUUUUCUUUGUAUUGAAUACUGUUUUUAGGUCCAAGUAGACUUGAAUUAAUGUCAUAAUUGUCAGUAUUAUUGAAAAUUAUGUCAACUGUAUGGUUUCAUCUGUUCCAUAGUUUAGAACAUGACCUGGCUAUCUGGCAUUGUUGCAAGUGCCUUAAAUUCAUGGCAUCCUAUUAAAAAACAAAUUUGGUGUUAUGCUGCAUGACAAAGACAAAUACACCUCAAAAUGUUGUCCUUUCUUAGCUUGCUGCGUUUUACAGUUCUUUCUGCUAACAAUUUAUAAGCCUUUAUUAUAUAAUAUUGAUGAAUUACAGAAAUGAUGAAGUCGCUCUCUUAUUUCUGUUACAUGUACCAGAGCUGUGUAUCUGUUACGGAGAUACAGCGUCAUUUCUGUGAAAUGUAAAAUGUAUGUGCAGGUCAAAUUAAUAUAUGACAUACUAUCAGUCUGUAUACAGGCAUUCCUGUUUUGCUAAGCUGUGCAGAUUCAGUUAAAAAAAAAAAAACAAUGAGUGCAGUCAAGUUCUAGCGUCUCAUUUUAUAGACUCCAUUACCAACUCAAAAGAAAAAUUGGAAAGUGACUGCUAACCACACCUCGUUAUGAAACCAAUGAUGAACACGUACCUUGGUGCACUCCUCAACAAAACAGGAUGCUUUCUGAGUUCUUGUAUAUGCAAAUCAUUUAUGAGGCAAGUUUGCAACAGACCUGGAAAGAUAAAAUUGGAAGUGUGUUGUUAGCCCUCCUCUUUAUCUGCCCCUGACUUAACAGAGCUCUGGGACCUUGACAGUGACUCAGAGGUUUGGGCUUUCCGAGGCAAGGGACUUUUCUUCAAGUAUCAUCUAUCCAAUUUAUUUCAUUGUAUGAUGUUUUUACAACUGGUCAGUUCUUUUGUAUUCUUACAGCUAUGGUUACUUGAUUGUCCUCUUACAAUUUGUUCUACAUGAAAGAGUCCUUUGUUAGUCAGAAUGCAACAACUGUCAUCAAAUGGUCAUUGACCACUUGCACUCUUUUGAUGUAGAUUAAAAACUUUUUCAUAAAAUUAA